AUGUCGUUUGCAAGCUUCGCAAAGUCGCUCCCGCCUUCUCUCAGCCUUGCGGGUCGAACCGCUUUGGUCACGGGCUCCUCGUCCGGAAUUGGAAGACAGACCGCCCUCCACCUAGCUCGUGCUGGCGCCAGCGUUCUUUGCACCGAUCUGCAACCAGAACCGCUCGGCGCCCAAAAAGUCCCUUCUGAGGGUUCUCGACAUGUCCCUACUCACGAGCUGAUCAACAAACUUGGAGGACACGCCGACUUUCAGAAGCUCAAUGUCACUUCGGAGUCAGACUUUAAAGCCGCCAUCGACAAGAGCGUCUCGUUCGGAAACGGAAGACUCGAUAUUCUGGUCAACAAUGCAGGCGUAACCGCCUUCUCCGGUGGCAUCGAGCACGAAUCCAUCGACACGCUCGACAAGCUUAUGCAGAUCAACAUCAAGGGUGUCUGGAUCGGCACCAAGCUUGCUGUUCAACAAAUGCUGACCCAAGAACCCGUCCCCUUCCCCGCAGACCUCGAGGAGGACCUUGACAGCUUCAACGACGUACCCCCCAGCGUCCCCCUCCGUGCUGCGUACCAUGCGCAGCCCGGCUCGCCUAUCUCCACCGUUGGCCGUCGGGACAACGACAAGGGUGCGCGUGGAAGCCGUGGCAACAUCAUCCAGAUUGCCUCGAUCCACGGCCUGAUCGGUGGGCCCUCGGAGCCUGCGUACUGUGCCAGUAAGGGCGCGGUGGUCAAUCUGACCCGUCAGGUCGCGUGCGAUUAUGCGCCGCAUAGGAUCAAUGUCAAUGCGAUUGCUCCGGGGUAUCUGGCGGGCACGGCGAUGGUUGCGGAUAUCAGUCCCGAGAUCGCGGCGCAGAGACCGACGUACUGGCCGCACCAGGGGUCGGCAAGGGAUGUGGCUCAUGGAGUUAUGUUCUUUGCUAGGGACGCUCCUUGGUGUACGGGCAGCAUCCUGCCUAUUGACGGCGGCACCACUGCUCGCUAG